AUGGAUUUGUUCAAAGUUCUGAAAGAAAAAUGCGAGAAAAAUUUCAAUUCAUUUAUAUCUGAGAAUAUUACACUAAUUCCUGGAGAUAUAUCUCAUGAAGAUUUGGGCAUUAAAGAUUGUAAUUUAGUACAAGAGAUGUUGAAUGAAGUUGAUGUGGUUAACCUUGCUGCAACAACCAACUUUGACGAAAGAUAUGAUGUGGGACUUGGUCUCAAUACAUUUGGAGCUAAAUUUGUUGCAAAUUUCGCCAAGAAAUGUGUGAAAUUAAAAGUUUUGGAUCAUGUUCCUGUGCAAAUGACGUCUUAUUGUCGUAAUAAGUGUUAUCCAGAAGGAUCAAUUGCUGAAGGUUACUUGGCAGAGGAAUGUUUAGAGUGGGAAGGGCGUCAAUGA